AUGUCCUGCCCACCGCAAAUAUCGCGGCCUGAAGUCUCCGAUUCCAGCGACUACGGAUCCGACUUUACCCCAGAUGAAGAGGAGCUACUGAACGAGCUAGUCACCACAGCUGCCGCGGAACACGCGACCGUCCAACGCGACGCCACCCCAGUGUCAACACCAACACCAAAUCAUAUCUCCGAAGACACAAUCACUACGCCAGUCGCGGCAACACUUGAAGAUCUCGACUCCCUUCAACCGGCGACUAUAGCGGCGCUAGUCGCAGAUAUCGAAGAUGCUGUCACGAAUGCCCCGGGCGUCCGCCUGCCGAAGGUAUUGGGCCGAGAGAAGCCUGGUUCACCAUGGAGACGUUCGAGCCAGCGACUUUGGCCUGGGCCGACGAGCCCACGGAGCCCUAUGGCAAGCCAGGGCUCAAACAACAGUCGUUCCCAGAUUGUGGAGCAUCCUGGAUCAACCGAAGGACGAGAACGAGAACGAGAGCGCAGUGCAGUGCGCGAGCUUGAAUGGACGCGAGAGACCCAACUAGCCCCGACGCUGGAAACGAGGACCCCCGUGGAGCGGUUUCGACGGCCGCCGAAUAAGGCGUUCUCGGUUACUGAUUUGGUUUCCCCUGCUUGGUGUGAGCUGCAGUAUUGGUAUACCCUGACCAAGCAUGGGCGGAAGAGAAGGACGCCUGCUAUGAAGAAGGGGAGCGUCGUGCAUAAGACGCUUGAGGAUGAGAUAUACACUACGGUCCCGGUGGAGAUUAAGACUAAGGAGGAUGCGUGGGCACUGCGGAUUUGGAAUGUUAUACAGGGUCUGCGGAUGUUGAGGGAAUAUGGCAUCACGCGUGAGCUGGAGAUUUGGGGCGUUGUUGAUGGGGAGUUGGUCAAUGGGGUUAUUGACCAGCUUUCUUACGAAUGUCCCGACUCCGAGCUUGAGGCUACGGCUGCUGGAUACUAUGAGGAUGCGGGAAAGUCACGGGCUGCUUUGCCUGAAUAUCAGAUGUCGUUAUCUGAUUUCCUGUUGUCUUCUGCUCAGGGUGGAAAACGAAUUUCAGAUCUCGCUGACCUGGGAGCUCCCGGGGAAGUGCCUCCUCCCAUUGAAGAUAACCCGGCGGUUUAUGGGUUGCCACGGAUAUACAUGACGGAUGUCAAGACAAAAGCCGGUGGCUCUGUCCCGACAGUCAAGAGCACAUCUUUCCGACCGACUUUACUCCAACUACAACUCUAUUACCACAUGCUGAGCCGUCUUAUCACGAGCGACGAUGUCACAAUGGAUGUGCUCGCAGCGCGCUACAAUCUCGACCCUGAGAAACCAUUCACUGAUGCAUUUAUAUCAGAGGUUGGCGGCUUGAACGAUGAAUUCUUCGAUGCCGUCUCAUCACAGGAAUUCGAUUUAGAUGAUGUUCCUACACCCGAAGAGGCGGUGCAAGCCUCUCAUGGCUUUGGCCCAGCUUCCAGUCCUCCCCAUGCCAGUCAGGACUCGACGAGUAUUCUCCUGACUCAUGGAACCCUUCACCGUCUAUGGAGAUACAUGAAAGAGCAACUUCGCCUUACCUUCAUCCCCACGUUCUCGCCACAUGAAGAGUCCGUGGCACCAUCUAUCCCCUCGUUGACACAGCCAACGAUGCUCGAAGACUAUCCUACUCUCCUCUCCCCAGUCCUUACGGCCCGUUUCCUCUCGUCAGCUCCUACGACUGAUCUCCACCCAAAACUCCUGGGAAGCAGGUCUUUCCUAUUCGACCCGAACACGAUGUCAUCCUAUCUCACUGACCAGAUGGAGUGGUGGCGCGGCCAGCGCAAUCCCCAAGGUGUUGGGAUCGUGGAAGCUUGGAAAUGCCGGAUCUGCGAGUUUCGUGAUGAGUGUUCAUGGCGACAGGAACGUGAGCUGGAUUAUGCCACUCGAAAUCGGAGACGAAGAGCAGGUUCCUUGGCAGAUAUCUGA